UCAAUUGGUUACAGCUUCUAUCUCAGUCGGUUAGAGCGUAUAUCGGAUGGCAAUCCCAUGAUCACUCUCAAUUGUUCAUCAUGGUGACAGAGAUUUCAUCUGCACUAUCCGAUCGAAGGUGUGUCUACCAUCUUAACUGAUACGAAGUAUUUCACACCAAGGUAAUAUCUGAUUGAUUUGUAUCUUUCAUUCUCCUUAAAUUAACUCACUAAUUUACCUUCUCUUCCCAAAAUCUGCAUUUUUCUCACCUGUAAUGGCGAUUUCAUCAAUUCCUAGAUUCCUUUCGUUCGCAAUUAGAUUAAAUAACCCACCAUUUUCACUUAUUACAAGAAUCAACUUUUCAACUGCAGAAGAAUUUUGCACCCAUCUCUUAAAUUACCCUCAACACCCUGAAAAAACCCUAGUGAAAAUUACUUCUCAAUUAGAUGUUCAAUGUGUUGGUGAGGUUUUGCAUAGAUUUUCCUCAAAUCAACCUCAAUUGGGUCUUCGUUUUUUCAUAUGGGCUGGUCUCCAGCCUAAGUAUAGGCAUACUCAAUAUAUGUAUAGCUCAGCUUGUAAGUUGCUCCAAAUUCGCCGAAACCCGGGUAGGAUUAGAGAGAUUCUUGAGCGUUAUUUGGUUGAAGGCUGUCAAACUAAUGCGAAAUUGUUUAAAGUUGUUCUUAAUUUGUGUAGAGAAGCUAGGAUUGCUGAUGAGGGUUUGUGGGUAUUGAGAAAGAUGGGUGACUUUGAUUGUCGACCGGAUUCGACCAUGUAUAAUGUGGUUAUUGGGUUGUUUUGUGAUAAGGGGGAUCUUGAUAUGGCAAUGGGGUUGAUGAGGGAGAUGGAAUCAUGUAAUUUGUGUCCUGAUAUGAUUACUUAUAUGUCAAUGCUAAAGGGGUUUUCCUAUGCUGGCAGAUUGGAAGAUGCUUGUCAGUUGUUUAUGACUAUGAAAGUUCAUGGAUGUGUUCCAAACUUGGUGACGUACUCUGCUCUCCUUGAUGGGCUUUGUAGAGUUGGUAGUUUCGAGAGAGCGUUGGAGUUGUUGGCUGAGAUGGAAAAGGAAGGUGGGGAGUGUACUCCAAAUGUUAUUACGUAUACGUCAGUCAUUCAGAGCUUGUGUGAAAAUGGCAAGUCUAUGCAGGCAUUGCCGAUUUUGGAGCGAAUGGAGAGUUUUAAGUGCCAUCCUAAUAGGAUAACUAUGAGUGUGUUGAUCCAAGGACUUUGUGGUGAAGGGUACAUAGACAAGGCAUUUAAACUUGUUAGUAAUGUAGUUGUUGGAAGUCACGUCCCACGAGGUGAAUGCUAUAGUUCCCUUGUGAUCUCUUUGUUGAGGAUCAAAAGAUUUGAGGAGGCAGAUAAGCUUUUUAUGUGGAUGUUGGGAAGUGAUAUGAGGCCAGAUGGGUUAGCAUGUAGUGUCUUGAUGAAGGAUUUGUGUUUCAAAGGAAGAUUUGUGGAUGCUUUUAGUCUAUAUGAGGAUAUUGAGAAGAAGGGUUUUGUACUGACAAUUGAUUCUGAUAUAUAUUCAGCACUACUUCUUGGUCUUUGUGAGAAAAACCGUGAGGUGGAGGUGGCAAAACUGGCCAAUUUUAUGGUUGAGAAAGGAAUUAAAAUCAAUGCUUCUUAUAUUGAUGAUAUUCACAAGCACCUAAAAGGAUCAAUCAGGAUGGAGUCACUUGCAGAAUUGAGUGAGAAUAGAAAAUAAGGCUGAACCACACAUUCUUUUUUUAGUUACAUUCCUUGUUACUUGUAUCCCCAGAGGACUUUUCGUGUUAUAAAGUUAAGCUACUCAUUGGCAACAGAAAAUUCCUUUGUGAGACGUAUCAUUACUGAGGCAGAGUUUCCAUUUGGCGGUACAUGAAUACGGAUGGCUACAUAGAGAAGUGUAGGUUUCUACCAACACUUAACAAUGAAAUUCGCGAGGAGAGAAUUCAACUUACAAGAAACGUUUCAGCAGCUCAGAAAAGCUGUUGCUGAUUAUGCAAUACAAUCAUGUUUUUUUACUAUUACAGUACGAGCAUGACACAGUUCUAGUACCUAAAGAAACCUCAUGGUUUAGAUACUUUCCAGAUGGCGCUUUUAGUCCUUUACUACCUCCUCAGGACUCAGGACUCAGGAGACGAAUCUUUAUUUUGCAGACCCUUGUUGUUGCUGGUAUUAAGUUUGGUAGUGUGGCUGGGAAUCAAGUCGGAAUCUCAGAUGAUGAUAAGAAAAAACACAUAGUCCCCUACUUGAAGAGACAACAUGGGAAGUUCUACAACUGUAAGCUGAAGUACGUGCAUGUAUUGCCUACAAGAAGGUUGAAAUUUUCAAAAUCGAAUUAUGAAGGGUUGAAAUAAAUGGUUGUUCAAGCAACAAUUGAAAGCAAAGGAAUGGAGAGUAGGUUUACUAAUGCCAAUUAUUGGAUCUUCUAAUUGAUUGUUGAUAUUCCAUAUAUAGAGGAACCACUUCGUGUUAUACCCAUAAAUGGAGUAAUAAAUUUGGAUAAUAAAUUUAGUUAAUGAAUUUUUAAUACUUAAUGAA